UUUAAUUCUCACAUGGUGUGUUUGUAUUAUAUAAAUUUAUGUUUCAGUUAGAAUCAAUCAUAUCCCCUCAGCUAAUCACAUGGAGAGCCCAAACACCAAAUCUACUCAAAAGCUUGUGAAGAACAGUUCACAGUCUGCUAUUCAAUCUCCUGGAAGAUCAAUGAGAUGUAGUUCUCCUCAACUUCAGUUGAUGAAGAACAGUAAUGUGUUGAGAGAUGAGCCAAAAGAACGAUCGGUUGACAAAAACAAGGUUCAACAAAAGCCAUUAGCAAAGGAUAAUACCAGACCAGUGGAGAUCAAACUUCAUACUCAACAAAGAGCAAGGAGACGUGCUUUGUUCAAUUACUCGGUGGCAACCAAGUUUUACUUCAUAGAGCAACAGAAGAAAACAGUAGAGAAGGUGCAAAAGAUGAUAGAGGAGGAAGAAGUUCGUAUUCUAAGAAAGGAAAUGAUACCAAGAGCUCAAUUGAUGCCUUUUUUUGAUAAGCCCUUCUCUCCACAAAGAUCAACAAGGCCUUUGACAAUUCCAAGAGAACCAAGUUUCAUGCUGAAUGGCAACUGCUCUAGCUGUAUGAACUUCCCAAUUUUCAGCACAAUGAAGCAAGUCAAGUGACUUAGAAGUCUUCUAUUGUAGAUUUAUGCUCUGAACAACUAGUUUCUUUUUUCUUUUUCUUGACCAUUUCUUUUCAUUUUUGAAUAAAAAGAGUUUGUUUUGCAUAUCAGUUCUUUUGUUUUGGUAAUUUUGAUAGGUUAUUGUAGAUUCUAGCUAGGUGGUUAGGAUCUACUUGGAUGUGGUGUAAAUCUUUCCCAUUGUUGAAUAAUGAAAUAUAAUCCACGUUAAUUUCUUA